AACAUUGGAUAAACCAUGGACGUGCUGAAGGUAUACUUCGAUAGAUAUAUCGAUCACACUGUCGAUAGAGAAUUAGAGAGCCAAUUUCACAUGGAUCCGAUGGCCAGAAGUUACGACAACUAUCGAUCUUCAAACUGUCCCUCCGCCAACUUGUACAACUUCACGUCCAAUCAAUUGUCGAAUGGUGCGAUGAAUUACGCGAAAAACGACGUGGUCAAAUGCGACGGUAACUUGGAAAGUUACGAAGACAGCCAAUCCUCCAUGUUUUUUCAAACGAACUCGUGCAAUUCCAGCUUGUUAGACGAGCAGGAAGAGCACAAUUACCCCAAUUUGAAUCUCUUCUCGUUGAGGAGAAACGUCAGUGAUAAGAAUAUGACUCCAAACAAGAAGAGUUAUCGAGGAAGGAGGAAAAGUGUCAGGGACAAACCACCUUCACCGACCGUCAUGAGAAGAAGAAGAAUAGCUGCCAAUGCCAGGGAAAGAAGAAGAAUGAGCGGUCUCAACGAGGCAUUCGAUAGAUUGAGACAAGUGAUACCUAGUUUAGAUGAAGAACACAAGUUGAGUAAAUUUGAAACUUUGCAAAUGGCGCAAACGUACAUAAUUUCUCUGAGAGAACUGUUAGAGAAUGAUAUUGACAGAUUGAAUAGGUAAAACCUCCGUCCUAUAACUAAGAUGCUCGUUCAAAGUAUGUGAUUAGGAGUUUUUCUCCUUUAUUUAUUUAUAAUUUUUUACGUUCAAAAGUAUGAAAUCGGAUUCCUCUGGUGAGAGAAGCUCAAAAAUUUCUCAUUCAAUUUGUGGUUGAGCUUACUCAAACAUUUUUACCUAAAAAUUUGCUCCUUACAUUUUCUGGCACUGAAGAAUUUGAUUUCAGUGGAUUAUAGAGUCAAUUACCUAGUUUUUGUUUAUGAAAGACAUUAACAUUGCUAGUAAUCUCAAUAAUUCGAAGGGAUUAUGAGUUUAACGCUAUGGUUCUGCUUCUGAUUUUUUUACACACUUAUACUUCU